AUGACAAGUCUUGAAGACUACAUUAAUGGUGCCCUCAAUCUGGUCACUCUGACAUGGUUUAAUAUUGAAGAGUAUAUGAAGCAUGUAGCACCAAUUGAUGGUUCACAGAUGGCCAUUGCCUUGCAGAUAGAUGAGAAGGUGGUAUCAUACAACAAGUCCCACCAGGCCAUGCCAACUACACAGCUGCACCUGAUGAAAUGCACAUCUAACAGUAUACAACAGAUGGAACACAUUACAGAGUUUUGUUUGAAUGAGUUUUGGGACAAAAGCAUGUUCUUCACACUAUCAGGGACUAAUUCCUUUCUGAACAUCAAAGAUGUAGAAGUUGUAGUACCGCUCUAUGAUGUGCAAACUAGUUGGUGGAAUUGGGCCCUUUCAACAUUGUAUAACCCUGCUACUAGUAGUCAUAGUAGUGGAGUUGGAGGAGGGAAAAGUGAAAAGAGCAAGGAACUGAGAGACUGCGUGUUAGUCACUGAUAAUAGGACAGGGUCUCAGCUCACCAAUGAUCAAACUGCCAGCGGUUCAGACUUGGCAGUGGUAGGGUUAGAUCAUCCAGUGUCAACAGAUGUCAUCAGUGAGGGCUCCGGGGAUCCUGGGGAGACAUCUGUUACUAAAGGAGAUGAUGACCUGGCAAUGUCAGGCUCAGACACAGCAGAGAUCAGCCAUAAAAGCGGUGUAUGA